UAAGGAGCAGGCUUGGCAAUCUCUUACCCAUACCACCCCCUUGACUUCAGUCUUCUCCCUUGACUGAGGCAACUCUUCACUUUUUUUUCUUUUCCCCUCUCCAAGUUUUCUUUUCCCUUUAGCAUUUCCUUUUGCUUUAGUAUUUCACAUUCCUUUAUCAUCUAUCUUUUCCCUUCAUUUUCCGAUCGAUACUCAUCAUAGUAAACUUCUCUAGCUAGGAGUAGAUUAUUAUUCAUAUUGCCAUUCGAAUUAAAUGGCAUCUAGCUACUUCUCAUCUUCUCCACAUGGUUCUAGCUCGUCCUGGACACCCAAGCAAAACAAGCUAUUUGAAAAGGCACUAGCUAAAUAUGACAAGGAUACUCCAGACCGCUGGCAAAAUGUGGCCAAGGCCGUGGGUGGCAAGUCUCCUGAUGAAGUAAAGAGGCACUAUGAUCGUUUAGUGGAGGAUCUCAUUUAUAUAGAAUCUGGCCAAGCUCCGCUCCCCAACUACAAGGUCACUGGGGUUAAUGGUAGAGGAAUUGGUGAAGAGCAGAGGUAGAGUAUAAACUGGUUAAUGAAGAGUCUAAAGCUACAGUAAAGCGCAGAGAUAUUGUAGGGAAAAAAGAAGAAGCAUAUGCACAAGAACUAAAAAAAAAAAAAAAAAGAAGUGAACUGAGUCUCCCCUGGCGCUGGCUGUUUGGUUCUUUAAUUCACUAAGGCUUCCCUGUAAUUAUCAGUAUAAUAAUAAAGAAGUGCGACAAGAGUCGAAGCCAUGCACGUGUGUGAUCCUGCUGCUUAUGUGGUUACUGUAAUUGUGCUUUAAUUUGUAAUAUUAUAUAAAAUAUCGUGUGCUUUUGUUAUCUUAAA